CCAAGAUGGCCGACUUCCCGAUCCUUAAACUAUUGGAACAUCCGGUUUAUCGGGUGUAGUAAGAUGGCCGCUUCCACGACACACGCUAAGGUGCAUUAGAGCGUUUGACAGCGGGUCAGUAUCGGCUGCAGGUUCCUUUGUGAUUGUGCUGGAUGCUGUCCAGUAGGGCCUUCAGACAUUCAUAUAUUUCAACGCAUUUCAGCCACAGGUUCCCAUUCCGUAGCCUCAUGGAUCUUGGUUCAGUGGUCUCCCACCUCAAUGCACUCACCCCUCCAGCUCUGGCAGAAGGCUGGGAUAAUGUGGGGCUUUUAGUGGAGCCCAGUCCUCCGCACCAGGUCCACAAGCUUCUCCUGACCAAUGAUCUGACGGAAGAUGUGCUGGACGAGGCGAUAAAUAUGGAAGCUAAUAUGAUUCUGUCCUAUCAUCCGCCAGUAUUUAAAGCCUUGAAGCGCGUCACCCAGAAAAACUGGAAAGAGAGGUUGGUGGUUAAAGCCCUGGAAAAGCGCCUGGCGAUAUACUCUCCUCACACAUCUUGUGAUGCAUUGGCAAACGGAGUCAAUGACUGGCUGGCCAGGGCUCUAGGGCCAAGCAAGUCUGUGCCACUCCAUGCAUCUACUUCCCUCACGUAUCCUGGUGGCUUUGGGCACCUCUUAGAGUUCAGACUAGAUACUGCUGAGAACAUCUUCUCCAGGCUGAAAUCCAUCCAGGGGGUCAGCGUCUGCACCUCCACUGCCAGCCCCGAAGGUCAAAAUGUAAGCCUUAGCUGCUCCCAGAAUGCAUUGGUGGAGGCACUAGCUAUCCUAUCAGAAGAGCCACAUGUGUACAACAGCCUGCAGCUCCUCAGCCUACAGAAGCCUCCACUUGUGGACACCGGAAUGGGACGUCUCUGCACUCUCGCUGAACCGGUGUCUAUUGCAGCUGCUGUGGAACGCAUUAAAAAGCACCUGCAUCUCCCUCAUCUGCGCUUGGCUUUGGGUAGUGGCAAAACUCUGGAAUCCUCAGUAAGAGUGGCAGCUGUGUGUGCAGGGUCGGGGAGUAGUAUCCUUGGUGGUAUCCCUGCUGAUCUUUACCUCACAGGUGAGAUGUCCCAUCACGAUGUUCUGGAUGCUGUUGCCGAGGGGCGAAGCGUGGUCCUGUGUGAGCAUAGCAACUCUGAGAGAGGGUAUCUGCAGGAACUUGGAGGGCAGAUCCAUCAGGCAUUAGAAGGGCAAGUGCAAGUUGUGGUGUCCCAGAGAGACCGAGACCCCCUGCAGGUGGUGUGAGGAGUGAAGACGUCCGUACUGAAAUAGGCAAAAUGAGUUGGAGCUACCCAGAACCUCUGUGCACUUUAUAAUAUCCAUCAUAUCAUCACCCAGCGAGGGCUGUUCCGUUCUACACCUGGUGCAGCAGCUGAAUAAAUACAUUAGCACAGAAAACAUAAAAAAAUGAAUGAAACAUCUACAAAUUCCUGUAUUUUUGUUUGAUUGGUCGUUACGUUUACUGUCCUGUCCAUUUUGGUUCCAUAAUGAAAAAUCCAAUACAGAGCCUAAUUUGAAUCUUAAUGUUCAUAUUCAGACAUGAGCAAAUCUAAAAUAAAUUAUAUCUGAAAUGUA